AUGGAUGAAGCAUGCGAUAUGGUAGAAAAAUUGAAAAGAUUCACACUAACCAUGGGGCAAGACAAAAUGCUAACAAACAUAAUGAAAUUACAGGAGCUUUUUGUCGCUGUAACUUUUAGCGAUGUCAAAGAAGCAAAUUUGCAAGUGGUAGCGAAAGAUAUAGGCAGUAUUAAUGACCAUAAUAAUCUUCGACCAAUUUCGGACAGUGAUCAAACUCUUUCCAUUAAUGUGGCCUGGAAUUUAGUGUCAAUCAAUGAUUUUGACGAGGCCAAUGGAUACAUUGAGGUUAGUGGCUACCUAAAGCUGGAGUGGGUAGCAGACAUAUAUACCUCAGACUCUAAAAAUUAUGAUGGCUCAGACACAAUUAAAUAUGACCUUAUGUGGAAACCACCAAUAAUGAUUCUGAAUUCUUUGUCAUAUUUUGAAGAAAUUGGCCAUGCCGCAAAACCAAGGAUACGCUUCCAUUAUAAAAAGAAAACCUGCACUUGGAUGCCUAGGGUGACAACACGGGUUGGAUGCUCACCUGAUGUGAAGUUUUACCCUUUUGAUAUGCAGAAAUGUGUGAUAAAGCUCGCCAUAUGGGGCUACCCAAGCAAUGAAGUUAACAUUACACCUUCCAUAAAUCAAUGGACGUUCAAGCAGUUUGAUGAAAAUGGAAAAUGGGAGAUACGCGAGACAAAUGUUGAGAGCACCGUUGAAGAUGAUGUGUCAAUGCUCUCGCUGGGAAUCAAUAUCAAGCGUCGACCCAUGUACUACAUUAUCAAUAUUAUUACACCGGUUAUUAUUCUUGGGGUCCUGAACUCCUUUGCCUUCAUCUUACCAACGGAAUCAGGUGAAAGAGUUGGAUUUGCUGUUACCUGCUACCUCUCUUACGUUGUCCUGUUGAACAUGAUUAUGGGUUUUCUUCCAUCUGCUGCAGCACCCAUGUCUCUCCUCGGCUAUUAUACCUUCAUAAUGAUGGUUUUCAUGGGGGCUAUGGCCGUCACCACAAUAUUCACGGUGAGAAUCUACCACAAGGACAAAUCCGAGAAAGUGCCAACAAUCUACCAAAGCUUAUUUUCUUGCAUACAGUCAUGUAAGAAAGCCUGUAAAAACACACACACUGUUGAACCCUUUGAAACACAUUCCUCAGAAGACGAUUGGUCCAUUUCUUCAAACUCUGACCAAGGCAAGAAGGUCAACUCUGACCAAGGCAAGAAGAUCACUUUGCCAAUGAUUUCAGGAUUUCUUGACUGGUUGUUCUUUUUCGGUUUUCUUGGCGGACAGAUUUUUUCUCUGUCGGCUACCUGGUUCCAAUAUUCUUAA